GACGAAAGACGCCAUUUGUGUUUUGUAACGUGGUAGCAGUUUUAUAAUUACUAUUUUCUCAAAAUGUGCUCGAUGGAACUUUAACUGCAUAAGAAUAAAAUUCUUACUCUUGAUAGUUCCUUUGUAGUUACAAUGGCUAAUGAAAACGGAGCAAGAAGUUUCCCCCAAGAUAUUUUUGCUGAAGAUAAUGAUAAUUGGCAAUGGGGCUCUGUUGGAUCGAAUUCCAAAACUUCUACAACUGCACCCACCUAUGGUCAUGGUGUUAUUCCAGGUAUUGCUAGGUUCGAUUCUAGCCGCAGCAGCAGCAGUGAAGGUGAUUUGGCCUAUCCUAGCGAUUCCAAUUCCCAGCGUCGUAUUUUUCGAAAAAGAGGGUCAUCGACUGGAAGUGAAGAGAAUUUGCCAGAAGGUGUGUGUUACUCCCCAAGUCUUCAGAAGUCCUUGCCUCGUGAGAGGCCUCCUCCUUCCAUCUAUGAUGAUGAUGCUCAAAGUGGAAGCCCUGGUGGGAAUUAUGAGCAUAAGAACUUGGCAUUUAUACCCUCCUUUCACAAUGAAUUUGGCACUACAGCUGCUAACAAUAAAGAGACUAGUCCACUACACAGUGCAGCUCUUGGCACAAAAGAUAAAAUGUAUGAGAGAGACAUUAUCCAUUCAGAUGAGAUGAAACAUGAUGCUUUAAGAACUGAUGGUUUGAGUAAAAAUUUUCCUGCUAAUGCAUCAAGAAUAUCAGUUGAAAGAAGGAAAUCAGAAAAAAGUAGGAGUAGGAGUCCAUCCAGCAGCCAUUAUCGAAGUCCUUCUAGGAGUCAGAGUAGAUGUAAAGAACCUCGAGCAGGAAGUCCUCACAAAGAGGGACACUUUAGUUCUACUCGACGUCUGGAAAGUGGCAGCAGAGAUAGGAGUAGACCUAUGAGAGGAAGGCGAAGUCGCAGCCCUGUUUCACGUCCAAGAAGUCGAAGUAGAGAUUCUCAUAGAAGAAGUCGAAGCAAAGAUUCUCGCAAGAGAAGUCGAAGCAGAGAUUCCCACCGAAGAAGCCGGAGUAGGGACUCUCACAAAAGGAGUCGAAGCAGAGAUGCACGCAAAAGAAGUCGUAGCAGAGAAACUCGUCGAAGAAGUCGGAGCAAGGAUACUCGUAGAAGUCGUAGCAGAGAUACACGCAGAAGUCGGAGCCGAGAUCCUCACAAAAGAAGUCGUAGCAGAGAUUCCCGAAAGAGGCGUAGUAGGAGUCGUAGUUAUGAACGCCGACGCCGCUAUAGAAGCCCCAGCCGUGAUAGAUAUCGCAGACGCCGUCACUCUCGUAGCCGAAGUCGCUCUCGGGACAGAUCAAAAGGUCGAUCAGGUUCCAGCCAUAGAAAACCGGGUUCACUUCCUCUUUCAUCUUCUGGAGGAACUAUGACUCCCCAGAUGGCACUGCAGCAAACAAUGGCAGCCAUGAGUGCUAAAGCUCAAGCAAUGACUGGCAUAGCACUGCCAAAAUAUUAUAACCCUGCUGCUGUUAAUCCUCUUAAAUAUGCAGAGCAAGUGCAGAAACGGAAAUUACUUUGGCAGACUAAAGAUAAAGUAGAGGAGCAGCCAAAAAACUCCGUUUGGGACAAACUUAAAUUUGCCCAAGAUCAAGAUGGAAAAAUGACAGCUAAAUUUCGGAAGCUGAUGGGUAUCAAGUCCGAAGGGAGUGAACCUAAAGCGGAAGAGGAAAAGGAAUCUGUAUUGAAAAAACAAGAGGAAUUAUUUAGAGAUCUGGAUCAACAGUAUGAGAUGGCUCGCAUGACAACACAUACUCAGCGAGGUGUAGGUCUCGGAUAUUCAGCUCAACCAUUGUAUCCACCAGUUCCAAAAUGAUUUCAUUUGUGUUGUGAUACCAUAUCAUAUUACUAAAACCUAUGUUUCAUUUACUCAUGCCAUCCCCAUCAUUCUAUCAUUUAUUCCAGGAUUAUGCGUAGGCUGCAUAUUACUCUGAAAUUUCAAUCACAAAAAACAUUAAAACAUAUUUCUAAUAUAGGUUUUUUUUCUUCAUUUUUUUUUUCAGUGUUAAAUAUUCAUUUCAUUGCUUUCUUCUUUUUUUGAAAACAUUAGUUUAUCUGAGUAAAAAUGUUAGAUUUUUUUCAUAACGUUUCAUACUUUUAUUUGUUAAACUAAUACAUUUUGAAAGUGUACAGUAGCGAUUCUCAACUGGCGAACUGGAAGCGGAGAAUUUUGUGAUUAACUUCCAAAAAUGUCUUAUUAUUCUCAAAUGCUUACUUACCAAUAAUUAUUACAUUUAUUAGCUAUGUACAAUCUUUUCAUUAAAUGUUUUGUGACAGAUUUUUAACGUCAAGUAAAGUUGUAUUUUUAUAUAUAUUUAUUAUAAUUUUAUUUAUUUUGUAAAAAAGAACAACCCCUCUGCGACCUGCUAACUUUUUUCACAAUAGUCUGCAAGUCAAAAGUUUUUAUUCUUUUCUUUUUUUUUGUGACAAAAAGAAUUAAAAAAUUGCAGAAAAAAGAAUAAUGCUCUGCAAGACAUUUUUUUUUUGUACAAAAAAUUAAAAUGAAAAUUCACUGGUUCAGGUUUUUUUUUAAAAGGUUUUGCCGUUCUGCGGGUCAAAAAGGGUUGAGAAACGCUGGCGUACAGACUUUUGAUUUCAUGUUUUUUCCCCUCCUAAUUAACAUGCUCUUUUAUAAAAUAAAUUGUGCAACUAAGUUUGUACUCCUCAUUACAGCUGAAAACAUCAGUAGUACUUAAUUGCCUACUCAUCAUAAUUUAAGAAUGCUGUAUCAAGUUUUGUUGAAUAUUCUUGAUGAAGUUAAAAUGAAUGUAAACCACCUCACUACCAGUGGUAUUGUAAUGAAAUAAUGCAAUUAUAGUCAUUGUUAUGUGAUAAAUAAAGUUCGUUA